AUCAUGGUUAAUGCGUGACAGUCUAUAGUGAACCAUUUAUGCGGUUGUUUUCAAAUCCGGGCGUGUAACUUUAUGAAACGUGUCCGAGUCGCGACAAAGUCUACAAUUGCCCGUGCUGCAGUCUAGACUUCUUAAACACGAACGUUUCUUACUGCUACGCCUCGCUGACUUACUCUCACUUUCUUGCUCACUCGAGGUUGGCGACUACUGACGAUUGAUUCAACCUUCCACAAAUGUCUGAGGAUGAUCGCGCCGCGAAGGCCGCUCGGGCAAAGGCCUUGCUCGACAAGAAGCGACGGAAGAAGACCGCUGGCAACGGCGCGUUGGCAAGUCCACCUCCGUCGAGGUCAUUCACUCCCGCUCCCCAGCAUUCUGCACUAUCCACGGAGGACACUAAGAAUGACGUUGCUGACCUCUUCACACCGGCAGAUUCGGACGUGAACUGGAUCGAGUCUCUGCCCAGAGUGGACGCUCUACCAACAAAUGGGCUUACUACUUCGUCAUCUUUAUCAACAAAUGGGCCUGCUACUUCGUCAUCUCUUUCUAUGCAGUCUCAGGUGACGUCCCUGCAGACGACAGUCACUUCUGUUCAAAAUGAGAACAGCAGCCUACGGAGUUCGCUAAGUCGCCUAGAAGCAGUCGAGACAGGGACCAAAGCCCAGCUACAGAAGCUUGAGGAAGAAAAGAGCACACUUCAGCUUCAGCUUCAGCAGGAACACCAACGUGCUCAAGAUGCGUCGAGGCGUGUAGAGGUGGUGGUACAAGAGAAGCGAUCAUUGGAGGACAUGCACCGCUCAAGUCGGGCAGAGAUUCUGCAAUUGAUGUCUCAGGCCGAUGAGCUUCGCCGGGGUCAUGCAAAGGAACUUGACGAUCACCGCCGCAUAGGGAGUUCACACAAGGAGGAGGCUGAGAAGCUUUCAAACCAACUCGCCGCAGCACGCGUUGAAAUACAAGACCUGCACUCUAAAGAGGCGGAGUCCACUAAACGUCGGAAUGCGGAGGAUGAAAAUCAUCAGAAGACUAUUUCCCUCCUGGUUUCAGAAAAGACAUCGUUGCUUGCUUCAGCUGCUCGUCUGGAGGAACUUGAGAUCGGUAUGUUGAGCACUUCGAUGACGUUCUCGUCUUAUUGUUUAAUAUCUAGAGACACAAGAGAAGGGUGAAUUGCUCCAGGCUGAACGCGACAAAUCGCAGUCGCUCGAUGAACGCGUCAAAGACCUGGAGAGCAUUUCAUCCAAGCUCGACAUGCAACUACAAGAAGCCCUGGUACGAGAAAGAGACCUGGCUGAAAAGUCGCGAGAUCAAGUGAGCAAUUUAGCUCUAACACGAAUGCUUGCUCAACCUCGUUUCAGGAAAGAGAAUUACAGCUUCUCAAUGCUUCUCUAGAGGAAGUGAGGUCUGCAUCUGAACAACAUCAACAACGUGUUCGCGAACUCGAGGAGCAAAUAGAAAGCGAUGAUCGUGCCGAACAGCUGGAGGAGUCACUCAAGAACACUCAGGAUCGCGCCGAAGAGCUCGAAUUCCAGCUCUCUAAGCUCAA